CUGUCCCUACCUCUGGCCCUAAAGCAUCACGAACCCUCGACAGCACCGCCACCCGAUAAACCUUCCUAUCUGCCUAGUAGCCUUAUUCCUAAUCUCCUACGACUACUCUGCGCCUAUUAUCCUUUCGUCUUCCUAACAUGUCCUUAAACGGCGACAGCCGGGGAACCGCCCUCACCGCCGCUGCGAAACGACCGAUCCGAGACUCGAAUAGUCCAGCCGUUGCAAGCCCCGCUCGACUGGCUACCCCCCCACCCCCUCCGCAAAGAGGCUUCUCCGAAGCUCGCAAUUUAGACUAUUCUCGGCAUGGCCGGCUGAGUUCGAGGACAGGGGAAUUAAAUCGUGUGAGCUCGUUUGAUGCCGACGCUGUCGACCACGCCCUCAGACGAGAGAUGAGUCGUCAGCAGCGAGAGAGUACACCGGGAAGCAGCCCUCAUCGAAAGCGGCAAAGGAUCAAUGGUGACAGAUUUAUUCCCACGAGAUCGGGGCAGGACUUGCAAGCGAGCUUUAGCCUGUUGCAUGACGAUGGCUCCCCAACGACACCGUCCGGACAGAAGAAGCGGACACCUCAUGGCGAACUGCACUUCCAGAAGACCGAGGAAGCCAAUCGCACCUUUUCCAAACUGCUCCGGGUUGAACUAUUUGAGAACUCGAUACCUCAAGCCACCCCUCCUUCCUUAUCCCCCGAUCACAGCUUACCCGCCUCAAAUCAUGGUACGAACGUUCAUGGCGGCACGAGGGCUCAGACACCCCCAAACAACCCGCCUCCAUCCUCCCUCCCCUCUACAUUAACCCCUUCGACUCCGCAUAAGAACCUCUUCUCCUAUGUAUCGCCGCGCCACCAUAGCAAUAUCGCUGGACACCCGACACCUUCUCGAACCCCCCAAAGCAGGCACGGCCCAAACCUCGACACUCGCUCCGAGAUUUACAGCUUGUCACCCGUAAGGUUCGGAAGCCAGCAAAUGCUGCUCAGCCCUCGACGGCAACCUAGGGCAGUUAGCAAGGUCCCCUACAAAGUGUUGGAUGCACCUGAACUAGCCGACGAUUUUUAUUUGAAUCUCGUCGACUGGGGCAGUGCAAACGUGCUAGGAGUCGGGCUUGGAUCGAGUGUGUAUAUGUGGAAUGCGCAGACGAGUCGUGUAAAUAAGCUCUGCACACUCGAGGACGACACAGUGACAAGUGUCUCGUGGAUUCAGAAGGGAACCCAUAUCGCUAUCGGGACGGGCAAAGGCUUGGUGCAGAUUUGGGAUGCUGAGAAGACAAGGCGGCUCAGGACGAUGACAGGGCACACGGCUAGGGUGGGAUCACUGGCCUGGAACACCCACAUUCUGUCAUCCGGCUCUCGAGAUCGGCUCAUCUACCACCGCGAUGUCAGAGCGCCCGAUCAAUGGCUUCGGAAACUGGUUGGCCACAAGCAGGAAGUCUGCGGCCUCAAGUGGAACUGCGAGGAUGGCCAGCUGGCCAGUGGUGGUAACGACAACAAGCUCAUGGUCUGGGAUAAGCUCUCGGAGUCGCCUCUGUGGAAGUUCUCGGACCACACGGCUGCUGUCAAGGCGAUAGCCUGGUCACCCCAUCAACGUGGGCUUCUUGCGUCCGGCGGCGGCACAGCUGAUCGGAGGAUCAUCUUCCACGACACUCUGCGCGGGACUGUUGUCAAUGAGGUGGAUACGGGGAGCCAGGUGUGCAACCUUGCAUGGUCCAAGAACUCCAACGAGAUCGUCUCCACACACGGCUACAGCCAGAACCAGAUCGUCGUCUGGAAAUACCCGUCCAUGACCCAAGUUGUCAGCUUGACCGGCCACACAUACCGAGUCCUCUAUCUGGCUAUGAGCCCCGAUGGAAGGGUGGUUGUUACUGGGGCUGGUGAUGAGACGCUUCGCUUCUGGAACGUGUUUGGAAAGCGCCCUGGUGCGAGGGACGAUGGUGAUGGUGGUGGGCGAUUGGCAGACUGGGGAGUGAUUCGGUGAAACCUGACUAAAGCAACAACAUCCCAACUCUGGAUUCGGAAAGCCAAAAAAGAAAAGAAAAGGAAACUGUGCCAACAAAACUGUUCGAAGACUUCACAGCUCAUCCGGUCCAUUCUCAACGGACGGUACCAAAAUACCGAAUCUCCUCUACGACGGAAGGGGCAGAAACGUCGAAUAUUCUCACAAGGGAACCUGAAGCGAAUACCCCCAUUCCGAUUUGCUUUUUUUCAAGGGAAAUAUCUGUGUUUGCAUCAAACAGCGGCGUCGAAUCUUGUGAUAGUGCUUUUUUUGUGAUAUAUCUUGGCCUUUCCAAAGCCUGCGGAAGGGAUGAUGGGUGGGUCAGCGAGCAUGAGUGGAGUCUUGGAGGCACCAGCCUGGGAAAGGAGAGCGACUUUGCAUGUAUUU